UGGUUCCCGGCUCCCUAUGCGCGUCGUCAACUUGCGUAUAUUGUGAUAUUAGAGACGGGGCCCAGCUUAGUUGAGAGGUCCAUGAACAGGUUACCAACGUCAUACACAAGAAUGGCGGACGUCACUUACAGGCAUGCCGAAAAAGAUGAUUGCGAUGAGAUAAUGCGUCUUAUAAAGGAACUUGCGGUGUUUGAGAACCUUGUUCAUCAAGUGAAUAUCACAUCUGAAACUUUGAAGAGAGAUGGCUUUGGUGAAGAAAAGUUGUUUCACUGUAUUGUGGCAGAAGAAAAGGCAACGUCAGGUGCAGGUGCAGAUACUUCACAACUGAUAGGCUAUUUGCUUUACUUUUGGUCAUAUGCUACAUUCACUGGUCGUGUGCUCUAUGUUGAGGAUCUCUAUGUCUCUCAGAACAACAGGAGGAAAGGUGUUGCAUCAGCUUUGUGGGCAUUUGCAAUGAAGGUUGCUGUGGCCAAGGAGUGCAGGCGCAUGCAGUGGGUUGUUUUAGAUUGGAAUACAGAUGCAAUUAGAUUCUAUCAAAAGAUGGGAGCUGUGAACCUGAGCAAGAAAGAAGGAUGGCUUAUAUACAGGCUAAACGAAGAUGAUAUCAAAGCUGCUUUAACUCUGUAGUGCAUUAUGGCCAAGCUUGUAUACAGGAUAAAUACCACGCUACUGGCAGAGACCGGCAACAGUCAUCAAUUUUCAUUGUCUUUGAAAUUAUUCUUCCAGGCCUCAAAGUUUAAUGUUUUCCUAAGGAGUUAUUGGCUCCUAACAUUUGUUUUUAAAGAGCCAAUUUGAAAUUCAAUUCCAGGUGAAAAAUGAAGGAGUCAAACUUAAAGAUUAUGGUCAGUAAUGUAUAAUAAGCAUCUCUAAUCCAUCUAAUUGCAGCAGUACCAGUUCCUACCAUUGGUGUAACAAGCUAUGUUGUUAACUACAUUGUUUAAAAUACUUAACAAGAUAAAUUUUUACCUCACAAUUCCCAUGUUGAUUUUUAGAUUUUUUUACAAUCAGAGUUUAGCUCAAUUAUUAAUGUAUUGUAUCUCUGUCUCAAAUAUUAUGCAGUUAGUAAUAUCUGAUGGAUAGUACCAAGAGAAAAAUACUGUUUAUUGGCAUCACUUGACAUUUUCAUUGCUGGUUUUUAGUUUUUUCAAUAUUUGGGGGUUGCAUGUCACUCCUUUGCAAUGUCUAGGUUUUUCUAAAACAUGUUUGAAUCUUGAAUACUUAUUAUCCCUAGAGCAUAUAUUAUCUCACCAAGGACAAUCUUGCGCUGUGAUACAUUUUACACAAAUGGAUAUAUUAUGAAAGUUAUGACAUAUUCAAAUGAAGGUCAGCUAGCUUUUUUUCAGUCACUAAGUUUGGGAAAAGCUAUCUUUCAGCAAGAUCAACAUGGUUAAAUAAUUAAGGGGUCUAAAAUGCCUUGAGCUAUAUACACUGCAAGGAAAUCAGCGGUAAAAGAUUUGCUUCUGCCAAAUGUUUGCCUCCCAGUCAUAUGUUGUCCUUGAUUAAUCUUCAAAUGUCUAAUUUAAAUAUACCAUAAGUGUUUAAUUUAAAUCAUGUAACAUUGAGAAUGAGGCUUUCCAAUGGUAACACCUCUAGAGCCUAUACAAGUAUUUGUUGCUCUGACAAUUAACUUAGUAGUUCACUGAAAUAGUAAAUGAACAGUUUGCAAUUGAAUCUGUUUUUGUGACUUGAAACUGGGACUAGGCAGCAUUAGAAAUUGGCACCAGUCCUAUAGUCCUUGCCCCAAAUGCCCAAUAUGUAAGGCAUCAUAAGGACUUGUGAAAAAUUGCCAUUAUUAACGAUUUUGCUAUAUGUUAUCAUAAUAAGGACUAGUGGACUAAAACAGUUAGUUUCUAUCGCUGCUAGGUAAUUUUUGUUAUCAAUCAUAUUAGGUAUUGAUAGUUUUCUUUGGGUAUUCAAUAUAUCUAAACUCACUUGAGUCAAGUAUUGGGAUUUUUUUAACCAAUGUGUACCAUAGAUAUAUAAUUUUUUAAAUAAUUCCAAUUAAAGUAAUGUUUCUAAUUUGUAUCUCUUUGUGUGCUUCCCUUCCUUUAUAACAUCUCACAUAAACUAAAUAACAUUAAGUGAGACAGCCUUUUUAUGCACUAUUCACUGCAGGAGAGAUGAUGUACAGGUAAUGCUUCAUUUGAUCAGUGAAUGAUGGCCUGUAAAGAAGUAUGGAUACUCAAAUGAUACAUUAGGUAAUUACGCAGUGUUGUUAUCCUCUUGUUUUGUUUUUAAUUUUCCAUGUGUAAUUUGUAUGGAAGCAAGUUAAAAUUAUUUGCCGAACGGUAGUUUAUUUUUGUGUGUAAAAUGUGCUGCUUAUCUGGAUCUCUUUUGAAAUCAGAUUCCUGUAGAGAAAAUGCUCUUAUCAAAUAAGAACUUCCCUAAUCAUGAAGGAUGUAAGUCUCAAUAUCAGCAAAAUAAAUUUGAUGUCUGAUUCUUUGACCAGCUGUUGAACACAGUCAUACUAACA